UUAUAGUCGGCCCACUAUUACUUUACCGUUCGGAAAAGGUCACGUGAUGGGCCCGAACGCCUUCUAAGCCAAUCAGAAGCCUCGUCGGCGAAAAGCCGAACGGUAAAGUAAUCGUGGGACGACUGUAUUAUUUAUUUAUUUUCGUCUUUUAACGGUUUUAAUUACUAUCGGGAUCGGGUUGUAAGCAGCUGAUUGAAGGGCACGCAAUAAGCUUUUACCGGCGUUCCUUGUUCUUCUCUAGAACUUGAACAUGAAGACACGCAGUGCUGUUAAUUCUGAUUCUGAUAAUAAGCUCCAUCGAAGAUUCAAUAGGCACAGUAAGACUGAGGAUACAUCCAGCUUGAACUCUUCAGUUGGAACAUCCAGUGAUUCAGAUGAAGAACCAGAAGAUAAAGAAGUUCCCAGCACUAAUUUUUCAACGAACCGUAACGUAUAUUUAUAUUGCUGCAUUGUAUUAUUUAUUGUAUUAAUACCAUUUACUUGGUAUCAUGUGAGUCAGAAAAAUUCAGAGGAAAACCAGCGGGAAAAUUUGAUUAAGACUAUAAAAGAUUUAAAAAAAAUAUUCCCUUCUCAAUCGAACAAGCUCUGGUCUCAUGUAAUUCAUGUUAUAAAUGUUACAAACUCCGAUAGUUCCUGUCCCAGAGUCCUACUUUUGCUGAACCGAGGAGAUGAACUGUCUGAAAAUAGUACCAACUGUUUAAUCGAACAGGUAGCAAGUAGUGCCGCCACACUUUUCGCAAACCGGCAGCCACUUCAUCUAGUUGAGAAAGAUUUCCAAUCCAUUAAUAAAACCAGAGAAAAGGUUCAGAAGAAGGGUCCAAUUGUUGUCAUAAAACAUUUAGAGAAGUUGCCAGCUGCAGCAGCACAUGGCUUACAUUAUUUCUGUGAUGAGAAUGAAUCUAACUUUGCAAAGGCAGCAUAUUUCUUAACUUUGACCGUCGGAAGGUCUGGAACAGUUAAAGCUGUAACAUCAGCUGAAAACACUUUACGAAAUAUUUGGUCAGAUAUUGAAAGCGAUUAUUUGGAUGCACUCAUUGCAAGGCUCACUAGUCUUGUUGAGUUUGUUGAACCAGAAGAAAAACUUCCCUGUUAAUCGUUCCCUGUCACCUAAUCUUUUGCAGUUCUCAAAAUGACAUGUUACAGAAAAUAAAUUAAUUUGAAUGCAGGUUUUGGCGAGAAUACUUUGUCAGUAUUAUUGUGUCAAUAAAUUAAGAUGGAAUAGUAAUGAA